AUGAAAACAUUGUGGGAGUGCAAAUAUUUCGAACCUAUUUCUUAUGGAGAACUUUUCACAUAUACGACUGACUUAUAUAAACAGAACCUUGCACCAUUUAAAGAUUUGACAUAUGCUCCAAAGUAUUGUGUACAACUGAAGAAGAAAGCCGAGUCAAAAGAAGUAUAUAAAAAUAAGUGCAAGUUCAUUCCUGAGCACGUUUUCUUUGCUGACUUUGAGUGUAGCACAGACGGCUUUCAUAAAGCUUUUAACAUCUGUUAUGACAGUGAAGAUGGUUCAGUGAGUGAAAGCAUUUGGGGUCAGAACUGUGCAACAGAAUUUUUGGAACGACUUCCUGACAAGAGUUUAAUAUAUUUCCAUAACCUCAGUUAUGAUAUAAACUUCAUCUUAAGACACAUGACAGAAGUGAAAGGAACUCCCAUCAUUAAAGGUUCACGAACAAUGCAAAUAACUGGCUUAUAUAAAGGAAGGGCAAUUAUUAUAAAAGACUCUUACAGUGUUAUAAAUAAGAAGCUUAAACUAUUUCCUGCUAUGUUUAACUUACAAACAGGACCGAAAGAAGUAUUUCCAUACAACUACUACAGCAGUGUUUUGUUAGCAAAUGACAACAGAACUAGUGUCAUUUCUGAAGCGUGUAAGUUUGUAAAAGAUAUUGAUACGUUCAUGAAAAACAUAGAUUCCAUCAAAGGUUGCAGAAUAGAUGCAAACCACUUCGACUUAGAAAAGUAUAGCACAUUUUAUUGCAAACAAGAUGUAAGAAUUUUAAGAGAAGGUUUUGUUAAGUUCCGCAAUGACAUAUUAAAAGAAUUUGAUUUAAACGUUUAUGAUUACGUUAGCAUUUGUUCAAUUGCUAACAAAUUAUUUGAGAACAGAGUGUACUUCCCGAAUGGAAAUUUAUAUGACCUCUCAAAUAAACCAAGAGAAUUUAUUUCACGCUGUAUUCAAGGUGGAAGAUGUAUGCUGUCAGAUAACAUGAAACAAAAGAGCGAAAAGAAACUCAUUGCUGAUUUCGACGCUGUUUCAUUAUAUCCAUCCGCUAUAGCAAGACUUUAUACUUUAGAAGGUAUUCCAAAGGUUAUGAAGAAAGAAAUGUUAAGCACAGAGUAUCUCAUGAGACAUUUAUUCGAUGACGACCAAAAGGAACCCAUUGGUGAAAAGUUUAUGUCUGGCUUCUUUGUUCUCAUUAAGAUAACAGAGAUUGGAAUACAUAGACACUUUCCUUUAAUAGUUUGUGACCCUGAACUAAAUCCAGAAUUUAACGUUCCCAGAAGUUCAAACACUUGCUGUUUAAUGUAUGUUGACCAUAUAACAUUACAAGACCUCAUAAAAUAUCAAGGUGUCAAAUGUGAAGUGUUGCAAGGAUACUAUUACGAUGGAAACAGAGAUAUUAGAAUAAGAGAUGAAGUAAAGAAGUUGUUUGAGUUAAGGUUAAAGUAUAAGAAAGAAGGAAAUCCUUUGCAAGAAAAUAUAAAGCUCAUUCUGAACAGUAUUUAUGGCAAAACUAUUCUAUCUCCUAUUGAGUCAAAAAUAACCAUAGUAAAUGACAAAGAUGCUAUAAGAUAUG